AUGGCUGGACGGACGUCUGCUCAGUUUCGCCCGGCCGCAACUACUAUGCCAGGCACUAAACAGUGCUGGGAGUGUCGCAAAAGGCGGCUUGUUUGCGACUUUGGGCGCCCGUCAUGCAUCAAGUGCCGGGACAGAGGAGUGCAAUGUCCCGGAUAUGACCACAAGCCUCUACGAUGGGUUGCGCCCGGCGAGACCAGAUCCAAGAAGCGAAAGGCCCAGCAGCCCUCCGUUGGCCAGUCAGCUGUGACUCGGAUACCACGGGUCGAUUUAAAAGAUGCCGGUGCCACGGAUCUGAUACAAGCAAUAGACUAUUACAACCGCGUCAUAUGCCCAGAUUUGCUCGCGACGAACAAACGAGCAUGUGAAAACCCAUUCUUUGCGCCGCCAGCUGCGGCAGCACACAUUCUUCCCGCUAUCGCGGAAAUGGUUGUCUCUACCGCGCUGGGACAUCGCAUUUUACAGAGCAGCCAUUGUUCGACAUCUGACCGAGUAGCGUUGGCAACCAAGCUGCAACACCACCGAGGGUUGGCCAUUCGGUUGAUGGCGGACGUCUUGGCCACGGACGGCAUGCGGACAAGUGACGAGAUGCUCGCUUGUGUCUUGGUGUUUUUGUUUGCCGAGGUGAGGAUCACUCCGAGCGACUUUGGCGAGCAUCAAGUUACUGAUUGGUCCUAUUCCCAAAUACAACAAUCCAUUUCAUCCUCUUGGCGUCAACACGCGGAUGCAGCUUGGACGAUAAUCAACUCACGUGGCGGCCUGGGUGACUUGAUACAUAGCCGCGCGCCAUUUUGCCAUUUGUUUCGCUAUUUUACCAUCAUCGACGUAUUUGGUGCGACUACUUCGCCGCCGCUCCAUCUUGGCCGAGCACGCCGGCAGCUCGAUGUCUUGCCGGUGCUACCUACGCUGUAUGGCGAUGGGCUCCAGACAUGCGUGCCAUGUCCUCCUGAGCUUUUGGGACAUGUCAUCCUCGUUAACCACUUUAGGGCAGAUUUACGUGGCCUUGCGGGCGAGCAGAAGAAGAAUCAUCAUCUGUUUGCAGCGGCUAGAGCAACGUUGCAGGAAAUUUGCAACUUUUCUGUGCACAAAUGGGUCGACGACACCGUCCUCCCUAGUUUGUUGAUGGAUGAUGCUGAAGAACCCCGGCGGCAUGCAGGCUUGGAUUCUAGCCAGACCAUGGCUCGGCGAUGGAUUUGGCUUGCCCUGACAUCGGCUUUCAAAUCAGCCAUGGCAAUAUACUGCAUUGAAGCAAUAUUUGACGGUCGCACCUUUGAAGCUGAGGACGAUGACAGGACAUGCAACGCCCUCACCUCCUUUUUUGAUGUCCGCAUGUUCCACAAGGAAACGCUUCGAACAAACUUACAAACCGUGGCCUCCGACGAGAGAGGGAAGCUUCGAAAAUUCACCAUUUGGCCAUUGGUCGUUCUGGGGGUGGUGACGGACCCGAGUGACGAGGCAGCCAAGAGAUUCAUAACGGGCGAGCUGAAAUGGAUUAGUGCAAAUGUGGGCAUUUCUUCACCUUUGAUCGCCACUGAAGUUUUGGGAAAGAUUUGGCAAACAUCUCGCACCCGGACAGACAAGAAAGACGUGAGGUGGGACGACCUUUUUGAGAAACCGUACAUUUUCGCCUUGUAA